CUCCUCCCUUCCUUCAGGCUUCAGCUCGCCCUGGUCUUUCAGCUGAUUCCCGGCCGCCCGCCAACAUUGCUUUUCCCGAUCCGGUUUCCGCUGGCUCCCGUUCUUAAUCCCUUCCCUCCCAGACGAUCCUCUCUCUCCCUCGUCAUUCUCACUCCCUUCAGUACCAAGUUAGUCCCUUCACGUAAUUACCUACUUCGUACCCUAUUCUCGGCACCAUUCCAUCAUGCCAUCAAAGUGACUGGUCAACAAUGGAGGCAACCACAGUCGAUGAGGCUGUGUCAUCUCUCAAAGAGUUAUACGCCGAGGGCACAGAGCAUUACACCCACUGGAAGAGGAAACGCAUACUUGGGAACCACUACUGUCGAAAAUCCUCAGAAUCGGGUGUUCGAAGGGAUGUUAUUACAUGUGCUUUGAGCAUCUCUUUGGAGCUUGCGAGGAAUCAGAUCGAGGAGACAUAUGACAUUGCGACUGUUCUCAUUGGGACCGACUUCUCCACCGGCGAUGCACCAUGCCGGGAUAUGCUUUCCAACCAGCUGUUCAACCUCAGUAGUCGGGUGUCCCACCUACGCCGGGUCGCUUGCGACUCAAGCCUGACCGGCCUCCUCAACAUCUCAGAUAUUAUACAGACAUCCGAGUCUGUCAGGAUCGCCUCAGUUCAGGCCCUCGGUGCCUUGUAUCAUCGUCUUGCUGCCGGACGCCCAGACAUCCCCGAGCACCUUCCCAUCCCCAAGCCCCGCUCGCGGCAGACGAGGUCCAUCUCACGAAGCUCAGCUAGCUCGCCAGUCGACAACCACUGCAGCGUCUUUGAAGAUGAAGACGACAACGAAGACGAGGAGGAGGAAGAAGAAGAAGAAGAAGAAGACGACGACAUGUCAACAACCAUGACCAUUAGCACCGACCAAGCACCCUUCCAAUCAGAACCGCCCUCCCCUCCCCCAACACCACCAACACCAAAAGCCAUCGCCAGCGACGCCGUCUCCAUCUUCGCGCCCUCAGAGGCAGGCACAACAAGCACCACCGCCUCCGCCUUCCUCCGCCCCAAAGUCAGCGUCUUCAGCAUGUUCUGCCCAGAGGCCAUGAGGCUCCAGGUCGACCUCUCCAAGCCGAUCCCCGACGCGCCGAAGCGAUGCAAGUGUGGGUACCGGUGGAACCCGCUACUACCCGGCAACAAGGACUAUAUUGUCCUCAAGGACGGCUUCCGCAUGUCGAGCCGGUUCCUGGCCAAGUCGCAUUCGGACAGGAACGUCUUUGCGUGCUGUCUCUGCGUGCCGACGGGGACGACGAAUAAUUACGAGUCGGCGGAUGCGUUGAGGGCGCAUAUUAACCUUUAUCAUCGCAAGUGGCAGAUCUUGCAUGAUCGGGAUAUCUACUAGACGGCUUUUCCCGCGUUGGCGGACCGACGGGUGCGUCUUCCUCGUCGGCGGCCUGCCUUUUUUGCCCUUGGCGUGCGGGCACGUUGGUCGUCCUACUCACUUGAUUGGUGGCGUUUUUGAUACCUUUUUGAUUUCCGUCCAGCAUUUUGUACUGUGUGUCUUUUUAGGCGCAAAGGAGUGUUCAAGUGGUCUAAAAGCUGGGAAAGGGGGGUUGAAUACCACAAGGAGCUAGGUAGAACUGGACAUACAUAUGAUACCCAUCGGAAAGAGAGGGCUCUCUCUCUCUUUUCCAGAAUUUAAUUGGUUAAAACUACA